AUGCCCACAUUCACCAAAUGCUCCACAACAUCGAUGGUAAUCCUCACGACGAUCCUGUUCAUGCUAUACAACUACACACGGGAGAUCCCAAGAAUCGCACCCAUUCCCCCGAAACUGUGGUACAAGACCGGCCCGAAAGGACUAAGCGACCAAUCCGAAAGCUGGUUGCGCGAAUGUCUCCACAAAAACCCGAUGCACGACACGCAGAUCUUGACCGAUGAGACGGGCGACGAGUACGUCUCUCUUCACUAUGCUCAUCGUCCAGAUGUUGUGUACACAUACCUGGGGCUGCAGAUCCCUAUUCUGAAAGCGGAUUUCCUGCGCUAUCUGCUUUUGUUUGCUGAGGGUGGUGUGUGGUCUGAUUUGGAUGUUUCGUGUGAAGUGCCUAUCGCGGAGUAUGUUGCGAGGGAGUAUAGACAUGCUGAUGUGGGGUUGGUGGUGGGGUGGGAGUUUGAUGUUGGUUGGGGGGAUAAUUUUAUCAGGCAGUUUGCUAGCUGGACGAUUAUGGCUAGGGCUGGUUGUGUGCAUCUUGGUGUUGUGAUUGAUGAGAUUGUGGCGGCUGUCAGGUCCAAGGCACUUGUGUGGGGGGUUGGAGUGGAAGGGUUGACGAUUGAUAUGGUUGGGGAUAUUAUUGAUCUCACGGGGCCGAGAAGGUUGACGGGAGGUGUGUUGCGGAGCCUGGAGAAGAUCAGGAAUGAAGCUGUGGAUAUACAGUCGAUAUCGAGUUUGAUGGAGCCAGUGCUUGUUGAGGAUGUGUUGAUUUUGCCUGGGUUUGCCUUUGCCGCCUCGAGUAAUAACUAUGUGAAUGGCAGUGGAGUGGCCCUGGUGACGCAUCACUAUGCAGGAAGUUGGAAGAAUCAUCAUGGGGGUGAGAUGUGA